AUGGACGAGUGGGUGGAUCGGAGCAAGGGGGCCCUGACAUAUAGGGUGACGCAGGUGGUGUCCGGACACGGCUGCUUCGGACACUACCUACACAAGAUACAGAGGGAGCCGGAGCCCCAGUGCCACGAAUGUGGAGCGGCGGACGACACGGCCCAGCACACUCUAGAAGAGUGCAAUCGCUGGGCCGUGGAAAGAGCUGCCCUCAGGGCGACCACGGGGGUAGCGGACCUCUCGCUACGCAGCAUAAUAGCGGCGAUGCUGGGUAGCGAGAGGAAUUGGGAAGCGGUGACCUCCUUCUGCGAAGAAAUCAUGUCACAGAAGGAGGCGGCGGAGAGGGUGCGAGAAGCGGCUGCUGACGCGCUUCCUCUCCGACGUAGACGGCAGGGUCGAGGGCGAAGAGCAUAUGCUCGCCUCGAGCCCCAGUAG